AUGCUGGACAGCUCACCAGCCGGAUCAACGACCGCCGCUACCGCCCACUCCGUCUUCACCUCUCCCGGACCUUCUACCGAGUCGGCAUCGCCCAAUAACGGCGGGACGAACGCGUAUGGGACGGAGAACGGUGGAGUAGGAGGAACAGAUGGUCAGGGCGAGCGCAAGAAGCGGAAGAAGAACCCCAGGGCCUGCGAUUACUGUCGUGCUCACAAGCUCAAAUGCGAGUACAUGCCGGACCGCGACCCACCGUUCUGCUUCGGUUGCCAAAAGCGCGGCCUCACCUGCGAAGCGAUCCAACCAGCACGCAUGGACGCCCGGAAGAAAGCCAAGCUCGAAGCGCUCGAGAUCGGCACGAACGACUUCUCCUUCUCUUCGCCCGCUACCAACGCUUUGCCAGACGCUCCGCUCGUUGAGACUCUGGAGACGGCGUCGCGGCCGUUCACGGGGAGUUUUGCUGGACUUGAUAUGCUGGCGAAGUGCGUUGACCGAGUCUCGAAGCGCAUGCACGAGCGGGCGACCUCGCCAGAAGACGAAGAAGCAGAUACACCAGUCGUGCGAGUCCUCGGCGAAACCUCUCUCACCCACUUCUUCGCACAACUCCAGCCUUCCGAAGACUUGCAAGUUGCUGCGAGACAGUUUGGACUGGCGCAUAGGCACGACGGCUCGAUACAGACGGGCGGAGGGGGAGGGAUGGCGGUACAUCGGGCACAUGGGGAAUUGACGAGCGAACUUGUGCUUGACCUGAUCCGCUACUACGCCAAACACGUCCAGCCGCUCUUUCCCGUCUACUCGCAAGAAGAACUCGCUUCCUUCGACACCCUCUCGCCCUUCGCCAUCCUCAGCAUCUGCGCCAUCGCCGCGCUGUCAGAGAAGUACCCGUACGAGUUUUUCCAUAACGUAAGGGCACAUCUCGCGACGGCGGUCGAGAUGUUUGAUCCGUUCUCGCAUUCUUCGCUCGAUAACGUACAAGCCAUCCUCGUCAUGUCGCAAAGCCCCGAACUUCACGGCUCGAACCACGCCAUCGCCGGCUCGCGCGUCUUCAUGCGCUCCAGUGCCGCAGUCCGGAUGUCGCAAGACAUCGGUCUGCACCGUCGACCGCCUGCGAACCUCUCGACGGCGGAGCGGAAUCGGAGGACGAGGGUAUGGAUGUGCUGCGUCUUUUCCGAUAGCUGGUACUCGGCUCGCUCCGGUCAGCCCGGCAUCAUCGACUUGGACGACUGCUACGACUACCUGUCGGAACCGUUCGACCAAGACCGCCAUCUAGUCGAGCAGUUCAAGCUCGCCGUGCUGCUGAAGCGCGCUGUGCGCGCCCUCAACCGGAUGCGACUGGGCCGAACAACGGAUCAGCAACUGCGCACGAUCCUGACCGACUUCGAUGUCUGGCUCGCGCGGAUACCCGAGUCGUUGCAGUUCGCCGGAUCCGACUCGUCCAGCAUCUUCCUCCGCCCCUUCGUCAAGCAAGAUCGCGACGUACCCUCCGGCAUCGCCUUCCGACCUUCGCCUGCUCGCUGGUUCGCCGUCGUCAACCGCACGCAGCUCACAAUCGACUGGCUGCUGCAGACGCCGGGCGUGUUGAGUAUCUCGCAUACGGCUUUCUAUGCGCUGACGAUGUCGGCGUCCGUCCAGUUCUUCCAGCACGUCAAGACCGGCGACCUACGCAACCUCAGCGCCCUCGAAGCCGUCAACAAGGGCCUCUUCACCUGGGCUUCGCGCAUCAAGGACGGUCCGCUUGCGACUCGUCACAAGGUUCACAAGGUUGCGUUUCUGCUGUGGCAGGCUGCGGCGAGGCGGCACGUCCCCUCGGCUGGGGCGAAGGGGAAGGAGGUGGAGCAGGCGAUUCUGGGCGUGUCGAGCGGGCGGGCGACUCGGCAGGCUUCGCCUGUGCCCCUCGCGCCGGCGAUGACUACCACGGUGACGGACUCCUCGGCUUCCGCUACCAUCUCGUCCGCCAACUCCGUCUCGCCCGCUCUUCCCGCGACCACUUUCGCGCAGGAACCACUUCCUUUCGCAUCCGCCGACGUCUCUGCAACCUCCUCUCCGCCGACAACCUUCCCAGUCCCUCUCUCGCUUGCCAUCCCGCCUCUUCCCCCGACCGAAGGCGCGCUACCAGACUGGCUGCAGACAGAGUGGCAAGGCUGGUGUGACUCGUUGAUGACGGACGAGUGGGGCGCGUUAUUGCAGGAGGACGGGGAGUGGCCGAGUUUGCCGGGGAUGGGUUGA